ACGAAGAAGAAGAAGCAUCAAAACAUCAACACUGCUAGGCUAGCGACGUUAGCUCGACAGGGAAAAAGCGACUGUUACUUUUUUUUUUCUUCUUAAAUUUGGGACCCCAUAAACAGGUACGCUGGAAUUUUCUGACACCCACUCGGACAUGUCCUAUGUCUUCAUCAACGACUCGUCGCAGACCAACGUGCCCCUGCUGCAGGCCUGCAUCGAUGGAGACCUGCCGUUCGCCAAGAGGCUCCUGGAGACCGGCUGCGACCCCAACAUCCGGGACAACCGGGGCCGCACGGGCCUGCACCUAGCCGCCGCCCGGGGGAACGUGGACAUAUGCCGCCUGCUGCACAAGUUCGGCGCCGACCUGCUGGCGACGGACUACCAGGGGAACACGGCGCUGCAUCUGUGCGGCCACGUGGACACGAUACAGUUCCUGGUGUCCAACGGGCUGAAGAUCGAUAUCUGUAACCACAACGGCUCGACCCCGCUGGUGCUGGCGAAGAGACGCGGCGUCAACAAGGACGCCAUCCGUCUGCUGGAGGGACUGGAGGAGCAGGAGGUGAAGGGCUUCAACAGAGGAGCUCACUCCAAGCUGGAGACCAUGCAGAUGGCCGACAGCGAGAGUGCGAUGGAGAGCCACUCCUUACUCAACCCCAACCUGCAGAGCAGCGAGGGCGUCCUGUCCAGCUUCCGCACCACCUGGCAGGAGUUCGUGGAGGACCUGGGCUUCUGGAGGGUCCUGCUCCUGCUGGUGGUCAUCGCCCUCCUGUCCCUGGGCAUCGCCUACUACGUCAGCGGGGUGCUGCCGUUCUCCACCAGCCAGCUGGAGCUCGUGCACUAACGCGGGGGGCCGGGGGGAAAAGCAUGGGGGUUAAAAAAAACAAAAAAAUUAACAAGUGAACUUCUUCUUUGCUUCUGGCUCUUUAUAACCCACAUCGUCGUCCAGACGGGGGGGGGAGGGGGGAGACAUCACAUUGUCAUGUUGGUGAAAAUGUAUAACUACAAAAAAGAAAAAUGCAGUUUCUCCAUUAGAAAACAAAAAACGUGUAAAGUCAUGAAUCCUCUGUAACAUAACCCGUUGAGUAAUGUUUAACGCAGCUCUGCAACGACUUCUCCUUUUAGUUUCUGUUACAUGAUGAUAUGUCCUGACAAUGUUUUUAUUUACCUCUGUUGUUUUAUUUAUCAAUAUGUUGUGUAUUCAUUUUCCUACAUACUGUAAUAUUUUGUUUUUUUUUAAAUCAUGUAAUGUAACCUCCAGGACUUCCACCAGAUAUGUGUGCGUGCUCCCUCGACCGUCAACGCCCACCGGCCGCGUUCUGUCGACACAAAGGAAUCCCCCGCGCGGUAAUUCUCACACGUUCAAAAGAAAAUCCUUACAAACACAAACCAACACACAUGCUGUCAUCGUUCAGAACCUGAAAAACCCCUCUUGAGUGUUUUAUUCUGAAAAUAACCCGGAUGUUCUCAUGUUAUUUUCGGUUUUUUGACUUCCUGUGCGGCUCGAUCUAUUCUGUGCGAAAUUGACGCGCCGUGCUCCAUCCGGCCUUUGCGUAUUUGCUGCGGAGCUCAUGCUGCAUUCAGGUGCUGCUCAGGUGGUCGUUGUUCUUCGACUUCAGUGUGUUCAUGUGAUUUCAAUUCCGGAAAGUCGGAAUGUUGUAACAACAGCACAAAAAGCGUUGAUGCCACGAAGAAGAAGAUCAGUGAAAUGUCACUGUUAAAAGUGAUAUUCCAGCAAAAAAGUUGACGUGCAAUACCUGAAUUAAUUAAAAGUAUGUUGACAUUAACAAAACAUAUUUUAGCCCCUCGUGAUGACGAUUCUGACGUCAAGUCGGGCACCUAAUUCUUUUCCGAGUUUCCGAGUUGUUGUUCCGACUUGAGCAGGUGUUCAUGUGCAUUUUACAACUCGGAAACAACUCGUUUUUUCCCGAUUUCUCUGACACCACAUGAACGCCGCAUUAGACGCAGCGCAGCGGAACCGGUGGCAGCACAAAACACUGAUUAAAAGUGAAAACCAAAUCAGCUCCACGAGGAGGGAGACGGACCGAACACACAUCUGGUGGACUUUUGGCCUUUAAUUCCGACUGAAUGUUGAAUCUCUCGCGUCGUGUCAUGUGGUCAGUAAAGCACCUUGACUGUGUUGCCUUUCAGACAGAAACACACAGCAGCAGCUCAUAAAAGACAUUCCCCCAACAAGAACAAGCAUGUGUGCAGCUUUGUUGCUGAAGAAUCAUUGUUGUAAGCAUCCGGCACGAUGACCUGUAGGACGACGGCGGCUGAUGAUGAAUCUUAUGUUGUGUUCAAUUUACCUUUAUGUCCCUGUAAAACCAUGUUGUUUUUAUUUGCUGUUUAUUUUUUCUCUGUACUAUUAACACGUUUGAAGUAAACGCUAAGUUAACGUGCAAAAUGAA